CGUGUUGCAAGUUAUCUGCGCAUUCAUGUGCCUCCUAUGGCUUUUACCAGCGGGACCACAUUAGGAGAAUAGGUGUGAUAAUCUCAGUCAGAUAUGGCAGUAAGUAUAUCGGAGCCGCUCCGUCAGCCGUGCAUUUACCAGGGAGCCCUUAAAGUGGAGUUACAGGUGAAGAGACCUCUGAUGCCUGUCCAGCUGAGUCCUGAGCAGGUGGGCCUGGAGAUGCUGUGUCUUUGUGGGCAGCUGGACCUCCUCAUCAGGGCACAGAUGCAGCAGUUUCAGGAGCAGUUAGGACAAGGCUGUAGCCCAGAGGAGUCCGACACCUUCCAGGCUCAAGGAUCGGAGAUUCUUGACCAGAUGCUGCAGUGCCUUGAACAUCUACCAAAGCCUAUGCCACAGCUGGAGGACUACCUGGACAUGGUGGGUCUGUCGGCGAUGUUUCCUCGUGUAGAGGUGUUUCUCAUUCAAGGCAGUCCUGUCGACAUGCUGGAGAGGCCGCUGAUGGAUGUGACUGUGUUACAGUUUCAGGAGCAGUUAGGACAAGGCUGUAGCCCAGAGGAGUCCGACACCUUCCAGGCUCAAGGAUCGGAGAUUCUUGACCAGAUGCUGCAGUGCCUUGAACAUCUACCAAAGCCUAUGCCACAGCUGGAGGACUACCUGGACAUGGUGGGUCUGUCGGCGAUGUUUCCUCGUGUAGAGGUGUUUCUCAUUCAAGGCAGUCCUGUCGACAUGCUGGAGAGGCCGCUGAUGGAUGAAUAUUUCUUCCACAUUGCCAAACUGAACCAGCUCCUGGUGCUAAGUCAACAGCUAGAAGAGGAUAUCAGGCACCUUGGAAGUCAUAAGUACAUUGCCCACCAGCUCUCUGUUAUAUAUCAAGUCAUCAGCUCUUUCAGGGGAAUUCAGGUCUUCUCUGAAAUAAAGAGGGAUAUUGAGGCCAACUUCAAACAGAUGAAACAAUCUCUGGUGGCAGAGGAAGGCUCUAGGCAUGAACCUCAGCUGGCUGCUCAUUAUAUCAACUGGAUCUUAGAAAUAACUCAAAGCCUAACAGCAGUGGUGUUGUCACUGCCGGAGCAGCUGACAGAAGACAUUCACCAGGCCGUGACCUUCAUGUCCCAGUUCCUGUCCUGACUCACCCUGACAGACACCUCUGUAUCUAUGAAUCCCUCCCCAGGAGUCUCCUGCUUCUAAAUGAACUGAUGAUGUUAUGAAUGUGAAAAGGUGCUACACAAUUUGAUUCAACUGAAUAAUGACAGGACUGGAUAAUCAUAUAGUUGUUUUUUUUUUUACAUUGUCUUUCUGAACGUGGCCCUUAUUAUUCCCUGUGGUGAGUCAGUUGUUUGGGAUUGAAUGUAAGCUUGGUAAAUCCCUCCUUGCACUAUACUGUUACAACUACUGUUACGUUUUUUAACCUGAGGUGGAAUAAUAAAAUUGAAUGC